CCCCAACCCAAUAAAACCAAGCCAGCAACCCACUUGUGGCUUCACACUGAUAACAAGUGGGUUGUUGUGGUACAGCGCUCCUGGAGAACCCACCUGCAUCACAACACUCUCACAGUCUUACAUAACUGUUUACUCUUGAAGAACACAGUCACACCUGGGUAAGGAUGGUGGUGGUGGUGGUGCUGACGGUGGUGGUGGUGGUGGUGACGGCGGUGCUAGCAUAUUCUAAGCACCAUCUCAACUACUGGGCAUCGCGUGGGGUUCCCACUGCCCCUGGGGCACUGCCCAUCCUGGGUCACAUGCCUAAGUUCAUCUCCAAAAAGUACCCAAGAUGGCUGUAUGUUGACGAGGUUUACAGGAGCCUCGGGAGUUCAACUGUGUGUGGGUUCUACGAGAUGCUGAAACCCACGCUGAUGAUUGCUGACCCUGAGCUUGUCAAAGCUGUACUGAUUAAGGACUUCGAUCACUUCGUCGACCGUCGAAUCUUCAACUUUACCUCAGACAAGGAUGAGAUCCUCAAUGAGAUGCUGACACAAGCCUCAGGAACCCACUGGAAAGGCAUCCGCUCCGUGCUGUCUCCUACCUUCACAUCCGGUCGGAUGAAGGGAAUGUAUCCACUCGUGGAGAAGAAGGCUGACGCUCUGUUGGAUUACAUACACAGAGAAUUGAAGACCAAAACAUCCAUCAAGCUGAAAAAAUGUUUUGGUCUCUACACCCUAGAGGUCAUCUCAUCCUGUGCCUUUGGCAUGGACACGAACUCACUCAAAGUCGGCCAUUCCACAUUCAACACACAGGUGGAAAACAUUUUCAAGACCAGCACACUCAGAAUGAUCAAAGUCAUAUUCUUCUUCUGCUUCCCCAAGCUCAGCAGCAUCCUGAAGAUGAGCUUCGCCCAGCCUGAGGUACUCUUCUUCGAGAAAGUGGUAACAGAGACCAUUAAACAGCGUGAAGCAGGAGAGAAGAGAGGAGAUUUCUUGGACAUCAUGAUGGAGUCUAGAGACGACCAGAGUGACCCUAACUCCAAGACUUCUAAAUAUCCACUGAAGAUGAGUACCAUAGUAGCUGAGAGCAUCCUGUUCAUCCUAGCUGGCUACGACACCACAGCCAACAUGCUCUCCAUUGUCUCCUUCCUCCUAGCUCAGCACAGGUCCCUGCAACAGCGCCUUCGUCAGGAGAUGAGAGAGAUCGCUGUGGAUGGAACUUUCACCUACCAAGGUGUCAUGGAGGCCAAAUACCUGGAUGCUUUCAUCUCAGAAGCCCUGAGACUGUACCCAGUAGCACACUUCACAGAGAGGCAGUGUACUAAGCCUUACACCGUUCCUGGGACCAAGGUGGUCCUUACUGAGAAGUCUGUAAUUGGUAUACCAAUCUGGAGUCUUCACCACGACCCUCGCUACUGGUCUGACCCUGAGACCUUCUCUCCAGACCGCUUCCUGCCACACAACAAAGACCAGAUUAAGUCAGGCACUUACCUGCCAUUCGGUUUAGGACCAAGAAACUGUAUUGGCAUGAGGUUCGCCAUGAUGGAGGCCAAGUUAGUGCUAGCCAAGAUACUGCUACACUACGAGAUAACUUGUGUCCCUGGUCAAGACACCCUCACUUUUAGUGAAAUCCCUGGUCUCAUGAGACCCUCUGAAGACCUCUCCCUAGUCUUCACACCCAUCACUCAGUGAGUAAGACCUCCGAGAAAUAGGGAGUAUCACCCUAUUUCUCAGAGCAAACCUGAGAUUCAUGAUCCAAUUGAUGUGAAAUCAGCACAAAAUAAAAUAGGAAAUCUAA